AUGCAAUCGAAUCUGAUUCUCAAUAGCGUGUGUGAUAUCGUUUUACACCCACCUGUGACUGGCAAAUAUGAUACACUAAAAACACGCUUAAUUGAAUUGCAUUCUGAAAGUGAGGAGUCAAAGAUACGUACACUUCUUCAAGGGCUAGAACUUGGCGAUCAACGCCCAUCACAAUUACUUUGCCGUAUGCGAAACCUCGCUGGAGAGACCGUUGGAGAACCUUUGUUGAAAUCCCUAUGGAUAUCUCGUCUCCCGCAAAAUACACAAAGUAUUCUUGCUGCCUUAAAUGAUGAUCUUCCAAAACUAGCAGUUGUAGCUGAUAAAAUUACAGAUCUCACAACUCUCCCGCACAUAAAUAGUGCUGCUACGGCAUCUACCUCUUCCAUUGAACAGCAAGUUGCAGAGCUGACAAAGCAGUGUAGAUCUAGUGGACGCUAUCGACAGUAUAAAGAACCGUGCAACAACAUCUGUUUCUACUAUACUAAUUUUGGUUCCAAGGCACGAAAAUGUGUUUCUCCGUGCAAUUUCCGGCAGUCGGAAAACUAG